UAGUGUGUUAUAACAACAACGAGAAACGAAACUGCACAUAAACAGCAGAGCAUAUCGAGCACCAGAAAGUAAGAGCUCACCGAGGAAGAAGACGACGAUGGGCGGUCAAGGAGAUGUCACGGUGUUGGGCACAGUGGUGAGCCCGUUCGCGCUCCGCGUACGCAUGGCGCUGUACCUCAAGGGCGUCGGCCUACGAGUACCUGGAGCGAACGUGUUCGACAAGGGCGAGCUCCUCGUGGCGUCCAACCCGGUGCACAAGAAGGUCCCCGUGCUCAUCCACGGCGGCAAGCCCGUCCGCGAGUCGGUCGCCAUCGUGCGGUACGUCGAUGAGUUCCGGAGCGGCGCCGGGUUCGCCUCGAUCCUCCCCGCCGACCCCUACGACCGCGCCGUCGCUCGCUUCUGGGCAGCCUACGUCGACGACAAGCUGGUCGCUGCGGUGUUAGGCAUCUUGCGCGCGGCGACGGAGGAGGAGAGAGAUGAGAAGGUCGAGGCCGCGCACGCGGUGGUCGCGCCCAUGGAGGAGGCCUUCGCCACGUGCUCGAAGGGUAAGGCUUUCUUCUCCGGCGGCGACUCCGUCGGGUACCUCGACCUCGCGCUCGGGUGCCACCUGUUCGGCUUGAAACGCUUCGGUCGAUGUUCGGCGUGACCGUCAUCGACGCCGGCAGGACUCCGCAAUUGGCCGCGUGGGCUGAGAGGUUCCUGGAUACCAAGGCGGCCAAGGAAGUGACGCCGCCCACUAACAGCGUGGAGGAGUACGCC